UAGUUAAAAUAUAAAAAUCAGCAGGGCUGAAGAUUACAUUUUUAUUUACGUGAUAAAAAUCUAAUAAAGUAAAUUUUAAGUAAAGAAGAAAAAUCUGUGUACUGUGUAAUAUAUAGUUGACUUACAUUUAUUCACAAGUAAGAAUUUUGACGAGUGCGCGAGUUGAAAGUAGUAGGACACUGGACAGCCGCAGUUGACCGCAGUCCACACCCGCAGACAGAGUCAAUUUAUAAGUUAGACUUUGUAGACACAGUUUAAACAACUAAACUAAGGAACAGUAGAUCGCUUAAAUAUUUGCUAGUCAUAUUAAUCAGCUGUGUUCCAUAUAAUGUCGCACUUACAUACGAAAAGCGGUUUAUCUCAGGAUGAGAAACUCCUAAUGCCAUUCACUUACAUCCAACAAGUGCCAGGAAAGCAGAUAAGAGCCAAAUUAACUGUAGCCUUUAAUUAUUGGCUUCGGGUGAGUGAUGAAAAAUUAAAAGCUGUUGGAGAGAUUGUUCAAAUGCUGCACAAUUCCAGUUUACUUUUAGAUGACAUAGAAGACAAUUCAAUUCUGAGGCGAGGCAUUCCAGUAGCACAUUCUAUAUAUGGAGUGGCUAGUACAAUUAAUGCAGCCAAUUAUGUCAUGAUAGUUGCACUUGACAAGACAUUGAAAUUAGGGCACCCUUUGGCAACUACGGUAUACACUGAACAGUUACUAGAGCUUCAUCGCGGUCAGGGCAUGGAGAUAUACUGGAGAGAUAAUUUUCAGUGCCCCUCUGAAGAUGAAUAUAAAGAGAUGACAAUGAAAAAGACGGGAGGUCUAUUUAUGCUGGCCAUUCGAUUGAUGCAGCUCUUCUCUGAGAACAAGUCGGACUUCAGCCGGCUCUCAUCUAUCCUAGGCCUUUACUUCCAGAUUAGAGAUGAUUACUGCAAUCUCUGCUUGCAAGAGUACUCCGAGAAUAAAAGCUACUGUGAAGAUCUAACGGAAGGGAAAUUCAGUUUUCCGGUCAUUCACGCGAUCCGAAACCAGGAAGACGACAAUCAAGUAUUGCACAUACUCCGUCAACGCACCCGUGACGUGGAAGUGAAGCGGUACUGCAUCAAACUGCUGGAGAAAUGUGGAAGCUUCCAGCAUACCAGAGAUACCCUCAUUGCACUGGACCGAGAAGCAAGGGCUGAGGUGGCCCGUUUAGGAGGAAACCCGCAUUUAGAAGAACUACUCGAUGAGCUUCUAAGUUGGCAGUCAAACAAAAAAUAGAAAAUAUGUGUAACCUAGAAAUCAAAUUAUAAGCGAAGGUAAAUAAAUUUUAUUUAGGCAAAUUUAGAUUUGCUAGCAGUUGCUUAAAUAUUUUAGUCUUAGAUUCUUACGAGCUUUGUUGACGAAAUAAAAAAUAGAGAUGUUUAGAAAAUAUUACCCCGCGCAAAAAACAAAAAAUUGGGAAUCACGUGAAAAUUGUGUUUGUGUAUGCAUAAGCUUUUGCAAUACAUAUUUGAAAUUUGUUUUAUGGAAUAUAAAUCUCACGAUCUUUUCAUCAAUGCUAUAAAUGAAGUAUUACUUUGUCUCUUAGGGAGUAUUCAAGUAUUUUUAGAGAUUCUUGACCCCCCCCCCCCCCAUUGUAACGAGCCGUAACGUUCUUCUGUACCCAAUAGUAAAACGUUUCGUUACCCAGUGACAUGUUAAAGUUGCCAUUUAUGUGGUGUAAAGUAUCGAUAAGUCGAAAAUAAUAUUAACAAUUAGGUAGGUGGACAAUUUCCGCAACUAACUAAUAAUAAUAUUAACAAUAACGCAUAAUUCAAUACCCGCCCCGUAUCGUAACGUUUUAUCCCAACCCCCCC